AUGCUCGACGUCGAAGAUAUGGAUGUCGAUGAAGAACCAUCAACGCCCUCCAUCACAUGGCUGUCAGCUCUCCUGUCGGCGAUCCUGCCUCUCCUGACCAAUGCAUUGCCAAGGGACCAGAAUGAGGUAUGCAUCAUACCCCACCCUCACAAGAUGGAGAGACAAGAGGCUGCAGAAGAUACCAUGCAUGUACAUUUGGGGACCUCAAGAUGGCGCCCCGUGUUCAACACGAAGAAGAUAUGUGAUAACUGCGGGACCCGUAUCACCGACCGCUAUUACUAUCACUGUUCGGAGAAUUGCGACAUUGACUUUUGCCAGGAUUGCCAUGCCAGAUCAAGAGAGUUGCUGGAUGCUUUCAUGGCCGAAGUCGACGAAGCGAAUGAUGAGAAUUUGUCAAGGCGGCUGUUCUGGGUCAUCGACAUUACUGAGCGAAUAGGAUGGCACGUGCUACAUCUGAAUGUGGCAGACAGGCGCAGGCUUGCCCAUGAGCUAGCGUUCUCGUGGCCUACCGCCCUCUUCGAAAGGCUGGCGCAGGCCGCCGUCGAUGUAGUCAAUGCAAGAGUUGUGCACGUACAGGAUGUCAAGGAUAUCCGUUCAGAUGAAAGGUUCUGGCAUGCGGUAGGUUGGCUGCAGUUCUUGUACAGCACCAAUGAGCUACCGUGCAAGACGAGGAGACUGGAGGAGCAGAGCAGCCGGGGUCCAAAGGUUGACUACGAGCGCUUUGUCCUGGAUGGUAUCAACAAAUGCGAGCCGCUUUCUGAAUUCCAACGCUGGCGAAAGCAUCCAAGUGCUACAGUGCCAAAAGUUCUGGACGUCCGCAGGUUCAGGAUCACCAAUGAUUUUUGUUCCUUCCUGACGCACAGCAAUCUGGUGCCGGUUAACUUUCGUAGGGUCUGCUUGCUGUGCGACGUCUGGGAGCAGAUGCAGGGGCGAAUUGUUCCUUUGCACCUUGAGGUUCCACGUGAGCCACAGCGGUUAGUUCAUGCAGUCAUAGAGCGGUUCUGCGAGAGCCUCAAGGAUGCAGAUUUGCGGCAGCCGCUGCGGGUUUGCUUCCAAGAUGAGGAGGCUGGCGGUCCAGGUGUCACAAAGGAGUUCUUCCAGGUUGCAUUGCGCAGUUUCCUUGACGCCUCCAACAACAAUGAGCGAUUGUUUGUCUACGACGAGCAGUCGCGUACGUACUGGUUGAACGAGCGAGCUGUUGGCUCGGAAGACUUUUUCCGUUCUUACGGCAUCUUGCUUGGCCAGGCCGUGUUGAAUCACAUUCACGUUCCCAACAUCUUUCCCAGAGCUCUCUACGACCGGUUACUAGAGGAGCUGGAGUCGCCAUGCGCGAAGAAGCUCAGACUUGAGGACAUUGGGGCUGUGUGCCCCAACACAGCGAAGAGCUUGCGGCAAAUUCUGGAGUACACCGGGCAGGAUAUUGCUGAAGUGUUCGGAGAUCUGGCGUGGCCGCGUGGGAGCCACUUGCCGGAGGAUCUGCGUAUCUCGCAGGCGAACAAAGAGGACUUUGUACAGGCUUAUGUCGACUGGUUCUUUCACGGCAGAAUACAGGCCCAGAUGAAACCGCUCAGCGAGGGCUUCAAGACAAUCCUCGGUGGUUCGUCAUUGCUGCGAACAAUCGUUGAUGCAGUUCAGCUGGAAAAGAUAGUCUGCGGCAGAGCAGACAAUGUAGAUGUUGACGCAAUUCGAUCGAGCGCAGAGCUUGAAGGUUGGACCGAGGAGGAUCGGUCAGAAUACCUGCCGUGGUUGUGGGAGGUUCUUGCAAGCGUCAGUCAGGCAGAGAAGGCUCAGUUUCUGGUGUUUGUCACUGCCAGCGACCGUGUGCCGUUGAAGGGCUGGCAAUCUCUAGGUCUCAUUGUGCAGAAAAAUGGUGUUGGAGACGAUCGCCUACCAUCUGCUUACACUUGCUUCAGUCAGUUGCUUCUUCCGCGCUUCUCAACCAAGGAGAAAUUGCGCAAUGGGCUUUUGCUG